AUGGCUCAGACUACCAAACCGAUUCUUGUCACUGGAGCUGGCGGUGGUGUAGGAUCUGUUUCAGGAAUUAUCGUCGACUUACUGAGAAAACAAAAUAUAUCCGUUCGAGCUCUUGUUCGACGUGACGAUCAUCGUGCACAAGCUUUGCGCGAACGAGGUGCCGAAGUCAUCAUCGGUGAUCUUACACAAUUGCCCGAUGUUCAUCGAGCAAAUCCUCAUUUGUAUCACUGGGCAAAAUCUGCAGUCGCCGAACACGAUGAACUGCGCAUUCCUUUUGGCUCUGGUCGUAUACCACCUAUUGCUGCCUAUGAUGUUGCUCGGGUGGCUGCUGUUAUUCUUACUAAUCCAGCUGCUCACAUUGGAAAAUCAUAUGACCUUACCGGUCCGAAAGCAGUUAAUAUGGACGAGGUAGCUAACAUCUACUCUGCUGUCCUUGGUCGCAAGAUUCGUUAUGUUCCACUGGAUUGGAAUGAAUGGAAGGACACAACAUUAAAAGAACACGUAUUAAAAGAUGGUUGGGAGCAGCAUACUGCUGAUCAUUUGGCCAACUUAGCCCAGCUCAUUCAGAAAGGCACUGUCGAAGUAUCUCCGAAUGUUGAACUUCUGACGGGAUCACCUGGAAUGGAUUACGAGCAAUGGGUAAAGCAACAUGUCCAAGAAUUCAAUAAAAAUGACUGA